AUGAAAUUAGCUAAAUUAUUUUACUUCGUCGCCUUCCUCAUAACCAUUAAGGUUUUCGUUCCAGGAUUGAACAAUGAUGGAUUAGUUCAAGCAAAGAGCGCUUCAGCUGACUCCAAGUCAUUAAAAAAGCUUGACAAUGAUAUGCUAAAAAAACAAAGAAACCAAAAAAUUAUGAUCAUAUCCACUAUUGCAACUAGUUUAGCUAUACUCCUUGGUGGUGCCUUAGGAGGAUACAGCUACUACAAACAAAAAAAGACCAAGAAACCUAAUACCCCAAUUAUUACAAACAGACCCAUGGGAAAAGGAGAAACUAGAAACUUAAGCAGAUCACAAGAAGAUAUCUCGAAGAUCCCACCUUCAUCCGGCCCCUCCAAAAAUUAC